AUCCGACAGUGCCCUGCCCGCGCGUACCCGCUCUACCUCUCUUCUCAUUCCGAAAAAAGACCAAGCACUCCCUUACUUUCCCCUUUUCAUUCAUCAACAAUCGUUCCUAUUUCUACUCUCCAAAAUUCAAAUUCAUCACCAUCAAUUAUAAUUCUCAAAUCCGUAAACCUAUAACUUCCUUCAUCACAAACCCUAACAAUGGACAAAUCCAAGCUAGCUUCCAUCGGAGAACGGCUUAAACUAGGUGGAGCACAAAUGGGAAGGACAAUUUCCCUCAAAGUCAAGGAAAUGAAGGAUCUUCUUCAAUCUCCUACUCCUGAAUCACGAAUCGUCGAUCAAGCUACGACUCCGACACUUGAAUCCCCUGAUUGGGGUCUUAAUUUGAGAAUUUGCUCUUUGAUUAAUGCUGAGGAAUUGAGUGGGGCUGAAAUUGUGAAGUCAAUUAAGAAGAAGAUUAAUAAUGUUGGAAAUGUUGAGGCGAUUGCGAUGAGGUUAGCAUUGGAGUUACUUGAAGCUUGUGCGAUGAAUUGUGAGAAAGUGUUUUCUGAGAUUGCGUCGGAGAAAGUUGUGGAGGAUAUGGUUGUUAAAUUGAUUGAGAAUCCACAAGCUGAUCGUGAGUCUCAGGUUAGAGCUAUGGAGUUAAUUAGGGCUUGGGGUGAGUCUGAUGAGUUGAGUUAUUUGCCGAUUUUUCGACAAACAUAUGAGAACUUGAGAAAGAGAAGCAUGUCUGCACAGGUAGAAGAUGAAAAAUAUCCACCAGUGCAGUAUUCUUUGGAGUCUUACAUUGAUGAAAAUGCUGUCUUGCCACCCGAAAGCUAUCCAGUUCCUGGAUCAGAAUCAAAUGGUCUAUCGAAUGUGAUGCUGCCGCAUACCUAUAGCAGUGAACAAAAGAAAGAGUUUUUAGAAAUUACCAAGAAUAGCCUUGAAGUGCUAUCCAGUUUGUUGAACUCUGAAGUAGACCCCAAAGUUGAGGAUGAACUGACAAUAAGCAUGCUGAACAAAUGCAAGGAGUCUCAGCCUGUUCUGCAGAGGAUCGUUCAAAGCACAAAUGAUGACGAAAGCUUGCUCUUUGAGGCCCUGAAUCUUAAUGAUGAACUCCAGCAAGUCAUUUCCAAAUUUGAGGAAAUGCAAGCUUCCAGAAAAUCUGAUGUGCAAGAGCCUGAAGUGCCAAAGGAUUCUCAAUCUGUUGAUGCUCCAUCCGCUCCCAUGGUAGAAGUCGCUGAUGCAGACAAAUCAUGGGAAUCCCUUAAAGUAGAGGAUACCAAAUCUUCUGCUACUGAUGUCCUCGAUGAUGGCGCUGAAUCUAGCCGUCAGACUGAAAAGUAGAUUCAAGGAGAAGUGGGCCGAGUUUUUUUUUCCUCUUCUCCCACUGUCAGUGAGUGAUAAUGUAUGCUGAUGGCCAUGUCUUCUGAAUGGCCGAUUCGUUGUAGUUGUUUUAUAGUUUUAGUUAUGUAUUAGUCAUCCUGUAUGACAAUGCAAAAUUUCACCACCCUAAAGUUUCUGUUGCUGUUGGUUUUUGUAAAUAAUGAUCUUGGCAGCCUUGCUAUGUUUCUUGGGACACUUUCUUCGAGUAAUAAUAGCAGCUCCGCUUUUAGA